AUGCCGGGUGGUGGUGGGUCUAAAACUGUAUCGACGGCUAUAAAAAUGCCGGGUGGUGGUGGGUCCAAAACUGUAUUGACGGCUAUAAAAAUGCCGGGUGGUGGUGGGUCCAAAACUGUAUUGACGGCUAUAAAAAUGCCCGGUGGUGGUGGGUCCAAAACUGUAUCGACGGCUAUAAAAGUGCCGGGUGGUGGUGGGUCCAAAACUGUAUUGACGGCUUUAAAAAUGCCGGGUGGUGGAGGGUCUAAAACUAUGGGUAAUAGUGAAAGUUGUGACCAGUUGCAGCUCCAGCGCAACCAAAUUGAUUUGUUGCAGCGUUUGGAGCUGCAACAACGAAAUAUGUUAAAUCAGCUCAUGCAGCUGCAACAACAACAGCAGCUGCAUGAGCAGCAAUUACAACAGCUGCCAGCACCACCAGGAGUACCAGCAGUACCAGUACCAGCAGUACCACCAGUACCAGUACCAGCAGUACCACCAGUACCACCAGCAGUACCACCAGUACCAGCAGCACCAGAGCAGGAUGGUGUAGAGGAGGAGGGGCGUCGGCUCGGUGCUGAAGAAGUGGAAGAAAUUGUAGCACGUGUGCUGGAGGAGCAGCAGCGAGAGCGGCGUGAAAGGCGGCAGGGAAGAAGACGUGGGCCGUAUGCCGUAAGAAGGGUACAGAAAGUGUUGGUGGUGUUUUUACUUGUUGUUUUAUCAGGGCUUCCACCGAGUCAGGGGAAAUCAGGGAAAGUCGGAAUUUUAUCUGUGGUCAGGGAAAGUCAGGAAAAAAGACCCAUUUUAGGGGAGAGUCAGGGAAAAUUCAGGGAAUUUUUUGUAUUUUAA